AUGUCAGAGACUUUAAUAUCGGGACAGACGUCGGAGGAUCUGUUGGCAGACUUCGAAUCCUUGUUGAACGCUGGGAGUAUUGACCUGAGUGAAGACCACCAGAUCGUUAUCAUUUCAACGCCGAGUAAUGUGGAUAUUCAGACCGCAGCCCCAAGUGCCACGGGGGACAUUCUCUUGUUUGCAACCCCUCAGACAUCAGCAACCAUACCAGACAACCGCCGACCAGCUUUGGGCCGACCACCGGUGAAGAGAAAAUUGGACUUGGACAGUGAUCACCAGUACAUGAGCAGUGUCAGACCCCCAGUUGGUAGAGCGCCUCCGUCCACACCAGCACCUCCCAGAGUCCCUAAACCAUCAACGGAGAAGUCGCGGUAUGAUACAUCUCUGAACCUCACUACAAAGCGCUUUUUAGACCUUCUAGCACAGUCGCCCGACGGGGUUGUUGAUCUCAACUGGGCUUCACAAGUUCUUGACGUGCAGAAACGUCGAAUUUAUGACAUCACCAAUGUCCUUGAGGGAAUCCAACUGAUCUCCAAGAAAUCAAAGAACAACAUUCAAUGGCUUGGCAAUCGUAUAGACGGAGCGACGGUGGCCCGUUUUCAGGACCUUCAAAAAGAAGUGUCUGAAUUAACGGAAGCAGAGGACAAACUGGAUAAACUCAUCAGCAAAUGCAACCUGCAACUCCGUCUCCUCACAGAAGACCCCCAUCACAAAAAGUUGGCCUAUGUGAAAUGUCAGGACCUGCGGGAUGCGGUGGAUCUUCCAGACCAGCUUGUCAUGGUCAUUCGAGCUCCUCCAGAGACUCAGAUGCAGGUGUCUGAACCCAGUGAGGGUUAUCAAGUCUCUCUGAAAAGCGCCAAGGGUCCGAUUGACGUGUUCCUGUGUCCAGAUGACAGUUCUGGGGUUUGCAGCCCUGUGACUAACAGCAGCCCGUCGAAAGAAGCCAACCAGUCCCCUCUGCAACCUACCCCAUCCUCACAGGGGGCCACAAUGUCGACAUCAUCAACUCAGCCAGAUGCAUCUCCUCUGCCACUCGCCAAUGAGACAGAGAUGUUCCUGGAUGGAGACCCUUUCUCCAGCCUUGGGGAGAUGCCUUACUUCAACCUUUCACCUCUGUGUUCCUCCGAUUUCCUCCUGGAUCGCGGUGGUGAUAGUUUUGCCCUCCCGAUAGACAGUUUCAUCAACCUGUCGCCCCCCCACAAUCAAGACUACCACUUCGGCCUUGAGGAUCAUGAGGGCAUUAGUGAACUGUUUGACUGUGACUUUACUGACCUGGGACCUCUGGAGUUCUGA